AUGCUCGAGCUGAACAACCACGUGGAGCUCAAGUUAAAUGGCCUUGAAAUCGCAAUAAUACAAUGGCUGAGCAAAAUCGAGUUCAGAAAGGAAGAGUUGGCGCAGCAAGCCUCGUUCUUAGCAGAAGCCGCCAGCAUUGCCAACCAGGUUGGUAGCAGCCAACACAAUUCCCACAGUGAAGGGGAUGCUCUCAAUACGUUGUACGACCGCAGCAUACGAGUUCGACGCCCUCUGCUCGAAGUUCUAACAUUCCCUGGAGACUACAGAGAGUUCAACACCUGGUCAGCCUUCGAAUUCCUCAUACAUAACGAGACGGAUUUGCGUGAAGAAAAAUUCCUUUUCCUGAAACAAGCACUGAACGGAAAAGCAGCUGCUUCGAUCAGCAGCAUUCCAGUCGUUGACGACAAGUAUAACGUCGCGCUUAAUAUACUCAAGAAACAGUACGACAAAUCCUCAGGCAUAGCCGAUAUCUUAAUAAACGUGAUCGAGCAUCUGCCUAAGGCUCAAGAAAACUCGAGGAGUUGUCGAACUACAUUCCAUUCCAUAUCUUCUCGCAUCGUGCAUCUAGAUCAAACUGGAGUGCCAAUGAACCCAGACAGAGUAUGGCGACGUCUUAUCCUUUCCAAAUUCACAGAGAAUAUCUGUAGCCAAGUAACUAAGAAAGAAAAUCAAAGUGGCACAAGAUUCGAAGUGAAGGAUAUUUUUGAUGCCGUUGAUGACAUCAUUACGCUUCAAGAAACCACCGAACUAAUGACAAAGACGCUCUUCGGUACUCAAACCGCCCAAGCC